CUCGAGCUUUGUUAGCACGAAUCUCCUUGGUGCCGCUGAGAAACGGUUUGCUUCAGACUUUCUCCUCCAUCACUUCCUCCUGGGCAGCAAUGUGCUGCCGGGGGGCGAGCUGCGAGGAGCCGGCCGCUCAGGUGCGAUGCUGCAGCGGGCAGUGAGGAGCGCUUGGCCGGCUCAGACCAGGAGGGGACCUACGGUACCUGCAGCACGAGAGCAACAAUGGUCACGGCGUCUAAACUUUCCCACGCAUCUCCAGCUGGAGUAACGGAUGGCUGAUCGAACUUCUCCCUGGCUGAUGGGAUCUUAGCAACGGACAGUUUGUUUCUUUUGUUUUCUUCCAGCACCUUUGUCCCGGUACCUAUAUCUGUCCCGGGCGGAAAUCUGGUGCACUGUCCCGCUGCGGCUCGUAGACUGCCUCUUUAAAUAUCACAGCCAAACAGCGGAGGUUAACAUGGGGGCAAAACAGAGCAGCCCCUCGCCCAACUCUGCCGCUAACGGACGAACCAGAGCCUACUCCGGCUCGGACCUUCCGUCCUCUACUUCCAGCAGCGGCAGCGGCGGCAGGACCGCCGCAGCGGGGGCAAGGGGGCGGCACCGCGCACACGGCGUGUCCAGAGCCACUGGAGCCGCGUCCAGCUCCGGUCACCCACACGGAGCCAGGCCCAGGUCCGCGGGGGGCUCCGGGGGUCCUUUCGCCAGAGCCCAGUCCGGCAUCAACAUACCGAGCAGUAGCGGCGUCUACAGCUCACCGGAGUCCGGUGGCAGCAGCCCGGAGGAAGCAGCGGACAGGGACCGAAGAGGGAACGAUGGUCAUCGUCUGGUGAUAGGAUCAUUACCCGCUCACCUGUCGCCUCACCUGUUCGGAGGGUUCAAGUGUCCAGUGUGCUCCAAGUAUUUGUCCUCAGAUGAGAUGGAUCUUCACCUGGUUUUGUGUUUAACCAAACCACGCGUCACGUAUAACGAGGACGUCCUGCCUAAGGAUGCAGGAGAAUGUGCAAUCUGCCUGGAGGAGCUGCAGCAGGGAAACACCAUCGCCCGCCUGCCCUGCCUCUGCAUCUAUCACAAAGGCUGUAUCGACGAGUGGUUUGAGGUGAACAGAUCGUGUCCGGAGCACCCGGCAGAUUAAAGCUUCCUUUGCACAGGUAACCCACUCUGACAGAAUGAAGCUCGGAUCCAGCCAGACUGUCGGACCCCGCCAACACUGUGAUUGGCUGACCCGUCCCGCCCCUUCCCAAACAACCAACCGCACGGUGUAGAACCGCAGUAUGCCAAAUCUCUUUGGAGGAAUCUUCAGGGAUAUAAACUAUGUGUGUGUGUUUUUUUUUGGGGGGGGGGGUUUAUGUUUGAGUUGCACUUUCUUUUUAUUCUCCCAAUGAAUGGACACAUCUGCUCAGUCAGGCCUGACGUUCCAUCAGGACAGGAGCAGGGUGGUGCUGCUGCUGCUGUAGCUCAGCUCCGCUGCCCUCCUCUCUCCUCCUCCGUCAGCGUCGGUUUUUUUCUCCCAGUGCCUUGUUUGCAGCAAUGCUGAGCACCGAGCGGGAUGGGACAGGAGCUCUCUGCUGCAGAAUCAUCUCACCAUAACUGCCAUUAAAGCAGCCGGGAGCCGGGCGGCCCCUGUCUGCACCGGCAGCUGUCGCCAAACGGUGCCAAUCAACUGUGAAAACCGUCCGUCACACGUCUCAUGAGUGCUUUUUAACCCCGAACCGUGCAGCAGGGCUCUGCAGAUGCAACGCCGACUGCAUCAGUUACCAGCCUCAGGCCUCUGCAGGCUGCCGGUGCCAGCAGGAGAAAAGCAAAAAGCUCAUUUUAUUCUUCCAUUUCAAGAAGUUUUACGACAGCACUUUCUCUACCUUGGCAACAGGCUUCUCUUUUGCAUUGAUUUACAGAUACUUUAAUAUAUAGCUGUGUUGGGGAUUAUAGCAGAGUGUUUUAAAAGGGUGAGUAAAAUGAGACAAAACAAAAAAAAAACUUUGGGGAAGUGCGCCCAUCCAGAGCAAAACGGGGAAAAACAUGUAGUUGAAUU